CCUUCGCAAAUCAACACAACACAACACAACACCCACCAUCUCGGCGUCUCCCCCUCUUCCUCUUCCUCUCCUCCUUCCUCGCGUCGCUCGCGCUGUCUCCUUGAACCCUAGCUCUCCCCUCCGCGAUGGCGGCCACCGACGAGGCACCCGCCACCGACCCCGCGCCCGCGCCCUCGCCCUCGCCGGCAAAGCGCAAGCCCGACGCCGAGGCCACCGACCUCGCCCCGCUCGACCCGCCACCCAAGUCCGCCCGCCCCGACGCCGACGAGGCCGCCGCCGAGGAGGCCGCCAGGGCGCGGGCUGCGGACAAGGGGAAGGGGAAGAUGGUGGUCGAGGACGAGGACGAGGAGGAGGAGGAGGGCGGCGGCAGCGACGAGGACAGCAGCGACGACGACGACGACGACGACGACGACGACGACGACGAGGAAGGUGGGGGAGGCGGCGGCGGCGGUGGCGGGGACGACAGCGACGACGGGUUCUGCGACGACCCGCUGGCCGAGGUCGACCUCAACAACAUCCUCCCCUCGCGGACCCGCCGCCGCGCGCCACCGCAGCCCGGGGCCUACUUGGUGCCGCCGGAGGAGGCCGCGGAGGACGACGACGACGAGGACGCCGACGUCGACGUCGACAUGGCUCGCGGCCACCAGGCCGGGGACGGGGGAGGACAGCGAUUAGGCUUCUCUCGGCUCAACAGUCUCGCUAGGGAAGAAAUGGUGGUUGCCGGUGCUAGGAUAUUACUACCUGUAGGGAGACGGUCUUGGAUAACCUGAUUGCCGAACGUUCUGUAGUCGUUAGAGCUCUGUCACCAUGGUUUUUCAGCAUCGUUAACAGGUUAUUUGGACUCCUAAAAGGAGGCGCGACUAGUACUUUUUCGUGAUUUCAAAGAGUUGUCGACGAGUAUGCUGUGAUCAUGGUUGAACAGCUAACAUCUCUUUUGUAUACAUUGCACUUCCAGUUCCUGGUGACUGUUAACUUUCUCCUUAGUUGAUUUAACCCUGCAUUGACAUGAUGCAGUUCUCCAAUGAUCUUGUGUCCUUUAA